AUGGCAGACUCAAGUACCGGUCCCCCACGCCGUUCCAAGAGACCGGCUGCCGCCAUUUCCCCAGUCAAACCCCAAGACGCAACAACGCCGUCAAGGCAGAGACUCAAGAAAAAAGCACGUUUCUCGGAGCCCGUCCCAGCGCAUGACACGACCGGCCUCACACCAGCUGUUGGAAAAGCCUCGUUGAAAACUCCCAAGCGAAGAGUAUCAACUCCGGCAUUUACCCGAUUUCGGGACCACGACGAAGUUCAAUAUACCCCUUUCCGCGAGGAACUUUCCGCUCGGACGAAGCGACAGAUUCGACGCAUUGGCCUAAGCGAUGAACAGAAUCAAUUCUACGCCGAGAAGCGAUCCAAAUCCCAGCUGCAACGGAUAGUCGAUCAAAAGAACAAGGAAAUCCAGACACUCAAGGAUGAACUGGAGGCAUCUAAGCUUCGCGAGACGCCCCUGGUGCAACCUGGUAUGCCCAGUAGUCAACUUCAAAUCAGCCAACUCGAGGCAGAGGUUGCAGAGUUGACACAGAGAUCUAACAAAGAGACAUCUCUCUUUCACAGCGGCCCAUCGGAAUUUGAUGAGGAUUGUGGCUUCCAGAUUUAUGAGGACGAUGCAGCCAACGACGAGAACCAUGUUCCUGGGUCGGAAGACGACGCAACAGUGGAUCUGGAAUUGGAAACUGCUCGUCAAGCAAAGGAGGCCAUGUUCCGCUCGAGCCAAAGCUUUUCAAAUAAGGCUGUCCAGUUUGAAGACUCGCCUGUGCGCUCGUCGACGUCGACCCGAAACAACCCAUCUGCACCUACCCAAUCUGCUCACGACUUGUCGAAAGAGUUGAACGCAGCAAUCAACCGUGCCGAGGAGGCCGAGGUAGCUCUUCAAGCUAUGACGACUGAGAUCAGAUCCUUGGGCUUCCCUUGCAAUGGCGAUGAUGCUGCGGAAUGCCUCUCCGCCAUCAAGAUUCACUUCCGCGACAUGCGCUUUGACUUCGAGCGUAUCGUGCCUGGAGAAUCAACCAUAUCCUUCAACAAUCCCCGCCUGAUGCCUGAGAUGCUUAACAAGCUCAAACUCGUCUCGGCACAGACCCGCGAUCGUGAAGCCGAACUAAGAUCAAUGCAUGAACAACAACGUUCUCUAAAGGGCAACUUUGACCAUGCCUUGAUCGCUGCAGGGAAAGCAACCGCCCGAAUCAGAGAACUCGAGGAUGCAAUGGACAAGAAUGCCGAAGAAAUGCUCGAGCAGCGCAUGCGAUGCCAAGCCACAGAGCGCGAGGCCAAAGAACACGAGCAGAACAACAAGGCCCUGAUUGUGGCAAUUGAGAAGUACAGAAAAGAAGUCAAGCAUCUGGAGGAACUGGUCGAGUUGAUCGAGAGGGAGCAGGCUUCUCGCCUCCAGAACGUGCGAGCAGCCACAACUGCAGAGUUUAGUCAACAGCUCUCAGACAUGGGAGCCAAAGUUGUUGCAGAAACUCGUGGCCGUAGAGCGGCUGAAGAAUCCGCAGUCGAGCGCCUUCGAAAGAUCAAUGAACUGGAAUCCGCACUCUCUGCGGCAAGACAACACUCCGAAGACGUGGAGGAGCAGCUACGAUCUCUCCAAAUCCAAUUCGCGGCAGCGGGACGGGCGCAAGAAGAAGUAGUCGACGGACUGACCUCCCGAGUCUCCAGCCUCACUAGUGAGCUCGCUGCCGUUAAUGCACGCAUCGACAAGUUGAGCAAAGACCGCUGCGAGCUGGAACGUCUCUACAGACAACAAGUCGAAGAUAGCGAGGAGUUUGCAGAGCAGCAGUACAAGAACGUCUUUCUCAUUGCGAAGCAGAGCUUGGAGGACAAGAAGACGUUUGUGCGCUCUAAUAAGAUCCGCAUUGCGAACUGGGAACUCGAGAGCGAACAGGAUGAUCUUCCUUCCGAUCCUGUUGGCCCGAUGACUCCUAGCUCCAUGGUCCGAUUCAGCGAAUUCUCAGAGAUGGAGGAGGAGGAUCGCAGCACGCGCGAACACGCAACCGACAGUGAUGACCAUGUCGAAGGACAGGUUGCGAUCUCCAGGGGAAAGAGACAUCGCAGACAUUCGUCAUUGACCCUACCUGCCAGUUCGCCGUUCUUGGGUAGAGGCAUCCUCAAGAAGAAGCCUCGGAGACGGUACGAUAGUGGGAUCGGGAUGGACAGUUUGAGCGAGGCUGAGGAUGAGCGUGAAGGUGUGAUGACACCGGAGUUGAGUUCGGAAGCGGAUGUCGAGGUCGAGAAUGAAGUGCUUGUUUGA